GAUUGUUGGUUGAAAUUGAUAGUCUUAACGAGGACUUUGAUUCACUAAACUACAGCUGUAAUCGAAAUGCUGUUAUGUUGUGGGCGAGUGUGUAGUUUACUGUUUGGGACCUAGUUUUGUGGGGAUUUUAACGUUGUGUUAAUGAUGAUGCAUGCACCUACACUGCCAGAUGUCAAGAUACCUGCAGCGAAUUCAAGUCAACCUACAUUGGUUACACGCCUGGCUUCGUAGAGGCGUCUUUGGACGGCACAGGCCCGCAACGAUGGAAAAUCUGGAUAUCCUGUACAAGAGCUCCAACUUCAUUGUCGUGAAUAAGCAUUAUGAUGUCAAGAUCAAUAGCGAUGAUAGCAGUGACAAGAUCACCGUGGCAACGCAGCUUGCUCAUCGGUUUCCGGAGUUGGUGGAUGCAAGCGUCGCUCAUCAAUUUAGGUUUGUUCACCGUAUAGACUACUCCACCAGUGGAGCAUUGUGCGUCGCAUUGAACAAGAAGGCAUCGGCCGAUGCUGUGAAUAAGUUCAAGAAGCGUCAAGUCACCAAGUGUUACUAUGCUUUGUUGAGAGGUCAUGUUCGAGAGGACUUCCUCCGGAUCGACAAGCCAGUCUACGCCAAUCCCCAGGAGGGCUACACGCAUAUGAUGUGCACGGUAGAUGACUCCAGCCCAGACCACUUAUCAGACGAUGUCAGAGUACUAUCUGCAGUCACUGACUUGUAUGUUGUACAGCGGGGCCUGUAUGAUGGGCAACCAGCGAGCAAGGUGCUGCUCAAACCACAGACAGGAAGGAGGCAUCAACUGCGUGUGCACUGCUUGGGUCUCGGCCACCCGAUCGUCGGCGAUUACACGUACAGUUACCGGCGGGAUGUCAAGCCGUACCGCAUGAUGCUACACUCACACAGACUCACCAUUCCUGCGAAAGGGGAGACCGUGGAUGUUGUGGCCCCAGAUCCAUUUGUGACAGAGGUGGAUCCACUGUGGCAACCCCUUGAUGAAAGUGGAAUCUCCCAAGAUGCAGACGAAUCUCCGAUUCAUGAAACUGUCCGAGUUGGUGCCAACACGGGUUGUCAUUUUGAGGAGCAGAAACAGAGCAGGUGACAGCGGUACGAAUACAACCUCAAAAUUUCUAACGGCAGAUAUGGAGUCGGACACUAGCCAGCACGUCAUUGGCUGACUGACCUGUGACCCAGGGGUCAAAUUCAUUUAAAUAUCCACGCAUGAGUUUGUUGGUACACCUGUGGUCCAAUGGUUACGGUGUUUGCGAUUGACUUGUGUGCCGUGGUACGUGGGUUCAAAU